CGAGAUGUAGCGGCUUUUCCGGGAGUUUUUUUAUUAGGGUUGCAGUGUGUCAGCUGAGCUAGUCCUUGAUGAGUCUGUUUUGUCCGUUGUUUCGACAUUGCUAGAGUGCCGUGUAUGGUUUUCGAUCUAAGCUGUAGUCCGUAAGUUAAUGAGUCGAGUUGUUUCUGAUGCAAUUGUGGUGAUUGAGUUAGGUCGGUGGUUUGCGCGUUCGUCUUCUUUUGGGGCAAUUGAUGAGUGAUAGUGAGAUUGAGGUCUAGAGGGAAGGCUUUGGAUUUUGCUAGGGUGAGGGGAAGUGGUCAGCAGAGCUGAAAGUCUUCUUUUUUACAUGGUGUGGCUAUCUUUUUCUGUGUGCUUGUUCAGAUUCGUGCACCUUGGCUGAAACUCACAGUGCUCCACUCGAACCAGCGGUUUGUAGUUCACAGUCUUCAGCCGUGUAUAGUGAAUUGAUUAGAAUCGUUAUCUAUAUUUGUUCGCUCAAAUCGAUCAAUCUUUUUAUCUGUGUAACAGACAGUUGGUCUACAUGUCCCUUCAAAUUAUACCUACAGAAUUCAACCAUCUUCAAUCACAUGGCAGUAUUCAUGUUGGUGGCAUUGGAAUAAUUCCAUCUCCUCAAUUGAGUAUGAUAGGAGUAGUUGACAUGGAGGUUCCUGCUACAAGCAGUGGUGAUAUAUCAUCAGCAAUGGAAGAUUUAACAGUAGAUUCAAAAGAGGUAGGAGAUGGAAGCUCACAAACUGACACUACCCAUGAGGCGCUGUUCUAUGUACUUCCUUAUUUAGGUCUCCGAGAGCUUCUAACGCUUGAGACAUUAAGCAGGCGGCUACGGGAUUUAAUUAGAGGGGAUCCAUUAUCAUGGCAACAAUUACUCGUCGACGCCCCUUCGAACAAAAAUUUCACAAAUGUCGAACUCGUGAAGCUGACAAGUCGAGCGCAAGGUCGUCUCCAGUCUCUCAGCUUAGUCAAGUGUUUGAAAAUAUCUGAAGAAGUUGUGGAGGCAGUCCUAGUAGCAAAUCCUUUGGUUCACAAGCUUGGUCUUGCUGGAUGCACCGGGGUGAGUGCGGAGGCAAUACUAAGAAUGGUGAAGUUGCAAACAGAUCGUCGUUCUCCCGACUUCCCUGGCUUGGUUCAGCUCCGCAUCCAAGGUUUGUAUGGUAUUACAACUGAGAUCUACAACAGUCUUCUAGCAAUGAUGCAACCUUCAGAGAACCUCUCCAGCGCUUCAACUCCUCAAUACUUCAAUAGAGGAGAAACGUCUCCACCCUUCGACGAGGACCGCGCAAUUGACAUCGAGAUUUGCCCCAAGUGCGGAGGAGCAAGGCUAGUGUUUGACUGCACGCGACCCACAUGCCAGGAGCGCAGAAACAACCCCCUCUAUCAGUGCCGCGGAUGCUACCUGUGCAUUGCACGGUGCGAGGAGUGUGGGAUGUGCAUUGACACAACUGAAGAGGAGAAUGGCGAAACUUUUUGCCUGGAGUCCCUGUGCCAGUCUUGUUGGCUCCAAUCCCCCAAGUGCUCAGAAUGCAACCGUGCUGGAUGCAGCUAUCAUGUCUCCUUGUCACGCAAAUUCGAAGAUGGCAGCUUCAUUUGCGAUAUGUGCCUUCUCAAUUCAACUGGUCCUGAAUCUGAUGAGUGAUCUCCUCAUUCAUCUCUGAACCUGGCCUGUGUCAUUUCUGUAUUGAUUCCAGUGCUACUUCGCUCCACGUUUGCUGCAAUCACAGCUGGACAUUCAGCUCCGUCUUUGUGGAGUCUGAAUGCAUAGUAACAUAAGUUUGUAAUAUUCACGUACAUUUGUAGCAAUUCCAUCAGCCAUUUGAUACCUUUCUGCCUGUAUGGGAUUCGAAUGUGCACCGAAUUUGUGCAUCUGCUAGAUUCUAGGGUGGUGUCGGCACCCAAUGCAACGACUGUGAUAAAGAUUGGUUCCUUUUUUUUAUAGUUUGUAGUCA